CUAGUGCGCCUGCGCGCGCGCCAGCGGCGAUCCUAGGGCUGUGGCGGCUGGUGCCGGGUGAUGCUAGGCGGCUCUCUCGGUUCCAGGCUGUUGCGGGGUGUGGGUGGGAGCCGCGGGCAGGUCGGGGCACGAGGUGUCCGCGAAGGUGGUGCAGUCAUGGCGGCAGGAGAGAGCAUGGCUCAGCGGAUGGUCUGGGUGGACCUGGAGAUGACAGGAUUGGACAUUGAGAAGGACCAGAUUAUUGAGAUGGCCUGUCUGAUAACUGACUCUGAUCUUAACAUUUUGGCUGAAGGUCCUAACCUGAUUAUCAAACAGCCUGAUGAGCUGCUGGACAGCAUGUCAGAUUGGUGUAAGGAGCAUCAUGGGAAGUCUGGUCUUACCAAGGCAGUGAAGGAGAGUACAAUUACAUUGCAGCAGGCAGAGUAUGAAUUUCUGUCCUUUGUACGACAGCAGACUCCCCCGGGGCUCUGUCCGCUUGCAGGUUUACUUGUAUAGUUUACAACAUGAUGAUUGGGAAAAUGCCUGGCACCUGGCACCUGAAUCUGGGGGACAGAUGAACGCAGUAAAAAUUUUCCCUCCUGUCUUUUUGCGGAAAUAGUUGAGAUACAUGGAAAAGUUGAGUUUAGUAAUUAAUUAUCCUUGUGCCAUUUUUAUUCUUUUUUUAGUGUUUAAAAGUAAAUUGCAGUCAUCAUGAUACUUCUAAAAACUUCAAGUGUUUUCUUAUGUAAAAAUAUCAAUAUUGCAUUGAAAAUAAUUAUUUAAUAUUAUGUGAUCUCUAGCUCAUAUUUGAAGUUUCUCAAAAUGUCUAAUUGUUUUUGAACCAGUAUUCAGUCAAAACUCAUGCAUUGCAUUUGAUUAUCAUGUCUUAUUAGUCUGUUAAUCUAAAAUUGUGCCCCAUCCUUUUUUUUUUUUUAACUCCUGUGACAUUGAUUUUUUAGAGACAAGGCUAGUUCUACCCAAAUUUUUAGAGGGUUGACAUUGUGAGAGAGAAAGUCAUGUUCUGUGAAAGUAUAUUAUAUUUUUGUAUAUAAAUUAAUGUAGUAACACUUUUCUUAAACAGUCAUCAAGAAAAGUUUGGCACUGCAUAUAAGCAUAUAUUGUAUAAAUGUUUUCCUCAGCCAGUGUGGCUGAUGUCUAUUUAAUAGUUCUUAUUUAAAAUUUAGUGUUUUUAAUUUCUGUAUGGAAAUAUGAGUAUGGAUAUGAUUUGUUUAAAAAUUUGCAAAUAAAGUUUUAUCUACCUAUAAUUCAGCUAAA